UCAGGAGUGUCCAAUCAGCGUCGGCUGUAGGGGAAUUAAUGGAUGAAGGUGUCUCCGGACUCUCACUAUAGUGCAGCAGCAGCAGAGGAGCACAGCACAUUCCAGUAUUCCGGGGGCUCUCAUGCACCGGGGGGCUGCACCAAGACUCAGGAUGCCUUGAGACUGCAAGCAUCAGGAUCUGCAACCACCACCACCACCACCACCACCUCGGCUUUGCCAAUGCUGGGCAUGAUAUGACCCAAAAGCAAUGGGUGAUCUGGAGUCUGGCUUUGAAGUGGUGGAUGGAGUCAGGCUGGGAUACCUGGUCAUCAAAGGCAAGCAGAUGUUCGCCCUGUCUCAGGUCUUUACAGAUCUCCUGAAGAACAUCCCAAGAACCACAGUGCACAAGCGAAUGGAUCACCUAAAAGUGAAGAAGCAUCACUGUGACUUGGAGGAGCUGAGGAAGCUCAAGGCGAUCAACUCUAUAGCUUUCCAUGCAGCCAAAUGCACUCUGAUCUCCAGGGAGGACGUGGAAGCCCUGUACACCUCUUGCAAGACUGAAAGGGUCCUCAAGACAAAAAGGAGGAGGAUAAGCAGACCCCUGUCAACAAAAGAGCACCCAUCCCCCGACCCUUACUGCAGUUUCUGGAAGGAGAACAAAGUUUGGCUGGGGCUGAAUGAAGCAACCAAGCCAAUCAAAAGGAAAGCCUAUGCUCCUGGAGAGCCAGACCUACCGGCUGCUGAUCUACCUCACUUUCUCAGUAAAUACACUGGUCACAGCUACACACAAAUAGCAAGGUCGCCUUGCAAAACCCCUGGAAACUAUGAAACUCCCCAGAUCCCCGGAGACUGUGUAGCAGCUUUCCACUCCAGCCUGCCCUACUUCAGGGGCGUGCUGUGCACCAAGCACCCUGCCUACUACUACCAACCAGCCAUUGCCCAACCCAAGCUAGGCAGCUCAGUGACUUACAGAUACAAAAGGAAAAGGUCUUCAGCGGACAAGAACUCAUCAUUCCACAGCAGCAGUAGCAGCAGCAGCAGCAGCAGGAGGUUCUUCUUUCUACCCAAGCCCUACAGAUCCAAAGGAACCCCCUUGUGCCUGGAGAGGAUCCACCUGGUCAAUGGCUUCUGUGCCCAGCAUCUGGAUGCCCUGCAGGAGGCGUACAGCAGCGACUCAGAGUCCAGUUCUGCUGCCAAUGACUCGGAUUUUGGUUCUAGUUUGUCCAGCAGCAGCAACUCUGUGUCCUCCGAUGAUGAGGAGGAAGAGGAGGAGGAGGAGGGGAGCCUGUCUGACUCCAGUGAGCUGAGCUCUGAUGAGGACAGCUCCUCUGAGUCAGACAGCAGUUCUGUGUCCAGCCAGGUCUCAGUGGAAAGCAUACGAUUCAGGAGAACUAGUUUUUCCAGCCCUGUUCACAUGGCCCCUGCAAACCUCCUCUGCCAGUUCCCCAGGUCCCCCAGCCCUAGUUCUGGUAAGACAACUCACUGUGAGAUUAAAUCUGAAAGCCAGGAUUGGAGUCACCAAGGCUUCAGGAGUCCUGGGAUGUAUUGUGCCCCUGCUCUGGGGGGCUCCUUUACUGAUCAAACCUCUGGGAUCCAUCUGCCACUUUCUGCUUUCUCCUGUAAUGCUGAGAGAGGUAGUGACAUGAUGACCACCGGUAACUGUGGAACAGAGGGGGGCUCUUCACCUAGCCCAAAGAAAAACAAUGCAUUUCCACCACCACAAAGGAUAAACAGAGAGAGCAAGCUAGCCACUCUCCCACCAUGUGUGCAAAAGAACACCACAACCCCCAACUCCUUACAUUGUGUGUCUGCAACAACCACUGAAAAGGGGGACAAACUGUGUAGGACACCAGGACCGGUGGAUUUGCCUGAAAACUCUGAGCAGAAUCCCAAGAGUGGAGGGAAUGCAUGCACUGAUCUGUCCUUUAUGCACAAUGUCACAAUUAAAGUUGAGGACAUUAGUGGUCACGAAGAAUACCAUAGCCAGCAUAAGCUAAACUAUGAGUGCAAUGUUACUAAGGAUGAGCUUGAUAGUGAUAGGAGUAAGAAUAGGACUGAGGGGGCUUUAGUGAAAGCCAAACAGGACUCUGUGUGCACUGAUAAUACACAACAAACCACUUCUGGAGAUACCAUGACUCCAAGUGAGGAGGAACCUCCAUGCACUUUAGAUACACAAAACAAGCCUGAGGAUGGAGAUUACAAAUAUGGUGCUAAGGUCAGGAAAAAUUACAGGACACUGGUGCUAGGAAAAAGACCCAUGUCACAGACAACUCCCUGCAAGCCCAAUCUGAAAUCUGCAAGGAGCCCAAGACCUCCAGGUAAAAGUGAAUUUUGUGAAGGGACACUGGAUGGUUUGACAGUGCCCAAUAGACGCAAAAGGUUAGCCAACAAUGUAGCUUCUACGGUAAAAAGACCUUUUCAUUUCAUGGCAAAUUUCCCCAGUCCACCGUCAUUGAUUAUUGGCAAAGACGGAGAUUUAGUCCCUGCCUACUCCUUAAACAGCACAAAGGAUUCUUACCCACCCCACAAGGCCCAUCCUAUUUGGAAAUGGCAAUUGGGUGGUUCUCCAGUACCUCUCCCUCCUAGUCACAAAUUCAGGACAUUUCAAUCAUAACAAUUUUUUUUUUUGUUUGUGUGUGUUUGUGUGUGAGGGGGUAUUGUAUUUUUUAUUUUAUAUAUUUUUAUUUUUUUAUUUUUAACAAAUGGUUGUAUCAGCCUUUUUUUUUUCUUUUUUUUUUAAUAUUAUAUUAUUAUUAAUUAUUAUUAUUAAUUUGGAUUUAUUUGCCCUGACAUCUCUUGGAGAAGGAUAUUGGAUGCCAUUUUUUCAUUUGCAAUAUGGAAUUUUUAUCACUUGGUUACAUUCCUUAGACUACUCAGUGCUUAAAGACUUACGUUAACCCUCGCCUUGAAUUGAAGUGGUUGCAUUUCUUUUUUUUCUUUUUUUAUCUAUAAUUAUUUUUAUUUUAUAUAUUAUUAUAAUUUUAUUUUAUUUUCUCGUUUUUUUUUUUUUUUUUUUUUAAAAACAAAGCACCCGGUGGUACCUCAGUGCAUCUGCAACAAAACAAAUGUCAAAGCAUUAAUAAAAGAAACCAGAAUAUGAGCCAUUUGCAUUUUUCUGCACUAGAUUUGGAAAGUUGAAGUAUGACUGUGUCACUCGUUGCCCAAUGUGGGUCACCCAUGACUAAUAAGAAGUAGCAGAUUUUACAUUAAUGUUUGGGUGAAAGGGUGUUUUUGUUGCUUUUUUAUUUUUAUUAUUUUUUUUAUAAGAGCAGUUGCACUUAACUUGUUUUUAUGGACUGGAAUGGUCUUGGGCCUAGAUUUUACUCAGGCCUUGGAAAAAUAAGCUGCCUCAACAACUAGUGAAAAUAAAUAUGUCAUUGUAUUUUGUUAAAUGAUGUCUUUUUACGUGCACAAUCAUACAGUGUGUAGUGAAAUCCCAAUUGUAUCCAAAGGUCUCUUCUUUUUAUUUUCUUUACUGUGUCACUCAUGUAGAAUCCUAUUGUAAUAUGGCAGGAGAGAAGAGUGACAUUUACAUUCUCACAAAAAAAAAAAAGAAAUGAUGAUACUUUAUAUGUGGCUUAGGAUGAAUCUGACAUAGACUGUGCAAAUGAAGAGAGUCAUAUUAUUAAUGUGACAGAGCGAAAGCUGUGAUGAUAUUGUGGUUUUUAUUUUAUUUUGUUAUUAUUAUUUUUAUUUGUAUAUUUCUUGGUAAAGGCCCCAGUUUUAAUCCCUUGUGAUAAAUUGCAUUAUUCAUUGUAGCUUAAAAAAAAAAAAAAGGAAAAAAAAAAAAAAAGAGAAAGAAAAAAAAAAAAAAAAGAAAAAAAAAGAAAAGAAGAAAACUUGAAUGGUCAUUACAAAGCCUGGAGAAUUUCUGCAAAUGACAAUCACAGUCAGUUCUCUACACUUGCACUUAUAUAAACUGAGUCUAGUAAAUAUUGUAGAGACCCAUUUUGGUGUAUUUUUUAUUUCCUUGUGUAAUGUUGUGUGGACAGCAGUAAAUCAAAAAAAAAAAAUGGAAAUUUGCACUGUCGAGAGCAUGUUUCACCUUCAUUGAAAUAAAAAAAAAAAAACAAAGAAAAAAAAACAACAACAGAAAAAACACUGUUUUCUUGAAAGAAUAUAAAUUCAAUACAUUUUUUUUUUUUUAUAUAUUUUUUUAAUGAUAUCAUGGAGUCUUAUGGACUGAGGUGUUGCUAAGCAUUUCUGGGAUAAAAAAUGCUAUUUUCUUUCUUUUU